AUGGAGUGUGGAAAGACAUUUACUCAUGGCAGUGGACUUACUAUCCACAAAAAGAUCCACUCAGGAGAGAAACCAUAUAAAUGCAUGGAGUGUGGGAAGAACUUUGCUCGGAGCAGUGAGCUUAGAAACCACAAAAUGCUCCACACAGGAGAGAAACCAUUUAAAUGCAUAGAGUGUGGAAAGACCUUUGCUCUGAGCAGUAGACUUACUAUUCACAAAAAAAUCCACACAGGAGAGAAACCAUUUAAAUGCAUGGAAUGUGGAAAGACCUUUGCUCUGAGCAGUAGACUUACUAUCCACAAAAAGAUCCACACAGGAGAGAAGCCGUAUAAAUGCAUGGAGUGUGGAAAGACGUUUACUGACUGCAGUGGACUUACAAGCCACAAAAAGAUCCACUCAGGAGAGAAACCAUAUAAAUGCAUGGAGUGUGGGAAGAACUUUGCUCGGAACAGUGAGCUUAGAAACCACAAAAUGCUCCACACAGGAGAGAAACCAUUUAAAUGCAUGGAGUGUGGGAAGACUUUUGCCCGGAGCAGUCGCCUUAGAAGCCACAAAACACUCCACACUGGAGAGAAACCAUUUAAAUGCAUGGAGUGUGGAAAGACUUUUGCUGAAAGAGGUAAUCUUAUUACCCAUAAGAUGAUCCAUACAGGAGAGAAGCCGUAUAAAUGCAUGGAGUGCGGAAAGACGUUUAGUCAUGGCAGUGUACUUAGACGACACAAAAUGAUCCACUCAGGAGAGAAACCGUAUAAAUGUAUGGAGUGUGGAAAGACUUUUGCUCGAAGAAUUAGUCUUAUUUCCCAUAAAAUGAUCCACACAGGGGAGAAGCCGUAUAAAUGCAUGGAGUGUGGAAAGAUGUUUACUCAUGGCAGUGGUCUUAGAAAACACAAAAAGAUCCACUCAGGAGAGAAGCCAUUUAAAUGCAUGGAAUGUGGAAAGACCUUUGCUCAAAAAGGUAAUCUUAUUUCCCAUAAAAGAACCCACACAGGGGAGAAGCCAUAUAAAUGCAUGAAGUGCGGAAAGACAUUUACUCAGAGCAGUAGCCUUAGAAGCCACAAAAAGAUCCACUCUUUUUCCCCGUAAAAGAAGCCACACAGGAGAGGAGCCAUUUAAAUACAUGGAAUGUGGAAAGAGUUUUGUUCAGAAUGGUCAUCUUAUUUCUCGUAAAAUGAUCCAUGCUCGGAGAAAGUAUAUAGCAAUAGCAAUUCCACUUUAGAUUUAUAUACCACUCGUGGGUCCUCAUUUUAGUGACUUCAGAAGGAUGAAAGGCUGAAUCAACCAUGAGAUGGUCAGGAUCGAACUCCUGGCUGUGGGCAAUUAGCCUGCAGUACUGUAUUCUAACCACUGACCCACUAUGUUUCUAUAGAUUUGUAUGUGUGUGCAUAUUGUGCCUUUCUGAUCCAAAUGAGACAAGGUUGAAUCCAAGAAAUUGAAACUUAAUGUGGAGAAAAGUAAGAUUUUACACUUGGGCAGGAAAAACCAAUUACAGGAAACCUGGCUC